CAUGCCGUCAUAAAGACCCCAGGAAUGUCGGUGACGCCCUGGAUACUCUGUGGACAUAAUCAAAGGCGUGCCGCAGGCGUAUUUAGUGACGACGCGACGUCUUACUUGGGGUAAAAACUGACGAACUUUCACAAAGAGAAGACCUUUCCAACCAAACUGUUAGUGUUGUAACUCUGUGCUCUCUAAGAUGGCAGCGGUCGGUCUGGUUCAGUUGUUGAUGGUGGCUUUUCUGUGGGGACAAGCCAGUGGACAAACAACAGCAAUAAUGUCAACACCGAAUGGCAGUACAGGUGGAGUGGUGACUACAGCUGCGGGUGGAAUGACGACAGCAGGUGGAAUAACGACAGCAGGUGGAAUGACGACACAAACUGUGGGUGGAAUGACAACUUCAGAUGAAAUGACGACCACUGCAGGUGGAAUGACGACAGAUGCAGGUGGAACUUCAACAUCUGCAGGUGGAGUGACGACAGCUACAGGAGGAAUGACGACAGCUGGCAGUGGAAUGACAACCACUGCAGGUGGAAUGACGACAGCUGCAGGUGGAGUGACGACAGCUGCAGGUGGAGUGACGACAGUUGCAGGUGGAGUGACGACAGCUGCAGGUGGAAUGACGACAGCUGCGGGUGGAAUGACGAGCACUGCAGAUGGAGCGACGACAGCUGCAGGUGGAGUGACGACAGCUGCAGGUGGAGUGACGACAGCUGCAGGUGGAGUGACGACAGUUGCAGGUGGAAUGUCGACAGCUGCGGGUGGAGUGACGACAGCUGCAGGUGGAGAUGGAAUGUCGACAGCUGCGGGUGGAAUGACGACAGCUGCAGGUGGAAUGACGACCGCUGCAGGUGAAAUGACGACAGCUGCAGGUGGAAUAGCUACUACAAACAAAGGGGGUGUAGGCAGCCCUUCCCAGGCAGACGAACAAACGAUCAUCAUCAUCGCAGUGGUCGUGGCGGCCGCCGUGCUUGUACUGAUACUCGUGACGACCGGUAUAAUUGUGUACGUUCGACGGCAUAACAAGAGUGCCACCUUGUCGUCUUCAAACGUCGAGUUGGCGCCACGGUGAACACUGCAGAAUUAAUUCACACCUUAAACCAUGCGUUAAAGUCACAUGUCUUCUCAUGUGUGAACAUGUACGCAUGCUUUAAGGUACAUAGAUAGGAUUUCGCACAGUGUAGUGACAGUGAAAACUACCGGCUUUACAAAUGUGACUCCAAAGUUGAAAAUGUUAAUCUGUUCAAACAACUGAGGCGUAAUUUCCCUCGGCAAGUAUUGUUUACCUUAGCUUGGAAAUAUGAUCAUUCUAAACAAGAAGUACAUAAUCGUUUGAUAUUAAGUAAUGUAUUAGAGUGUUAGCCCUAUUAAAGGAAUCAAAACAGGACUAUUUAUACACAAAAAGGGAGUAGAUGCAACCAAAAACCAAAAUUUGUCUUCAUUCGUUACACUUUUUGAGAAAGUAGAAUACCACAGGCUCAACAUAUAUAGGUCUUAAUCAAGUUUUAUAUUCUUAUACCUUUAUAAGUUCUAUAUUUGAUACGUUUUGUUGGAGGAGCGAAGGGCUAUGUGAUUGGUCUAUUGACCCACAAAUAGAUUAUUGUUUCCCCUUAUAUAAAGCUACAGAUAGACAAAGGAUAAACUAAGAAAUUUAAAGAUGAACCUAGCUAACUAUAGAAAGAUGAUCCAUAUUGUCCCUUUUUGAUAAGGUGGAUCUAUAUUUUAUACACUGAAAUCUGACAUGAUUUGAUAUAUACUAUCAUAUUGAUUUGUUCACGUUUUGUUAUGAUAAUAAAAUAGAAGUUCAA